AGCAUAUAGUUUUUGGCUUCAAGGCAGUGAAGAUGAUCAAUGGAGUUGUAUGCUUUGUUCUUAGGGAUGUGAUAAAUCAUAAAAGCACACUGCCUCAACUGUCUUGAGGAACAGAGAAGUAUGGUAGACUGGUAUUUUGAGAACGAAUUUCUUUCAGCUGGCAUUAUAUACAUGCAUUGCUGCCUUUUUCCUUUCUGGUUUUUGAAGGAAUUUUCUGCCACGUAUAUAUUUACUUUUAUUUCUGUGUACUAGGAGUGAGUUUGUUCAUGUUCACUUGUGCUUCCCAUUCUGAUUCUUAGCUAGAGUUAUCUUUUUAUUAUCCGCUGUCUUUACCUGUACUUCAUGAAUGAACAACAGGAGCAUGUGGAAGUUGUCCUAGCUCAACCACCACCAUGAAAAUGGGUAUCGAAAGAGUUCUCAAGGAAAAAUUUGGAGACGCAAUCAAGGAUAUUUGCCAAAUAAAUGAUGAACAAAUUAGCGAGACAACCAUUGAGGCAGUGAAUGGUCAUUUAGACAUUCUAAGACCAGCCAUCAAGAAUUUUGGUGGGAGUGUGGAAGUGUUAUCGAUCACGGAUGGAAAUUGCCAAGUAAAAUACGAGGGACCUGAUUCAAUUGGAUCGGGAAUUAAAGCGGCUAUAAAGGAGAGGUUUGUUGAUAUUGUCGAUGUCGUGUUUACUAACUAGAGGAUAAUAUUUUCGCUUACUUUCAUGAAGGCAUUUUUUUAUGGCUUUGGAGAGUAAUUUUUGACAGUUUCGGUGCCAGGAAUGUAAUUCUAUGUAUAGUUUACCUAAGAAUUUCUCUUGAACUAAGUACCUCUGAUAAGGACAAUAGUCGAAUAAAGACUGCUUUUCACAUAAAAAUAUAGGUACACUAAUCUGUUGGGA